GGAUGGGGAGUACGUGCAAAAUUAUAACCCGUAUUCAUUUGCUUAAUUCUCCCACUUCAUACAGGAUUUUUAGGAGUUGGCAGGAAUCGCUACGUGUAUCUUUUUAUCCUGUGUCACUGACUCCCCCUCCCUCCUCCUCCGCUUGCAGAAAUUUAUAAAGAACGAAAAUCUGACUGGGGAGGGGGUUGAUACGCCGAAGCCGAAAUCGAGAGGCGAACCCAGGAAAGAGGAGUAUUUUGUAUACGGGACUUUCCCCUCCUUCGUCCCUAAAAGGAGGGGGAAAAGUCGACUUUUUAAGGAGACGAGAAAAGAAGGAUCGGUAAUAGGCGACGACGCCUAUCUUUGUGGAUAUAUAUAUUUUUAAUUCGUAAAAAUAUGGCCGAGAACGUUCUGGACUCUGGCCCGCCUUCAGCCAAGAGGCCUAAACUCUCCUCUCCGGCACUUUCUGCCUCAGCCAGCGAUGGAAACGAUUUUGGCUCGCUCUUUGACCUUGAGCAUGACCUCCCUGAUGAGCUCAUCAGCUCCUCUGAGCUGGACCUGGCGAAUGGAGGGGACCUCGGCCAACUUCACACCAGCUUGGGUGGUGCUGGGGCAGUGGGUGGAGGGCUUGCAGGGCCUGUAACUGCUGGCCAAGAUGCAGCAGCCAAGCACAAGCAGCUCUCUGAGCUCCUCCGGUCUGGAGCACCGCCUGUACCUACACAGCAGCAGGGAGGCAGCUCAGCGGGGGCCUCCGUAGGGCAUUUGGGGAGUAUGAAGGCAUCUCAGGGGCCCCAGAGCAUGGUCCCACAAGGGCAACAACACCUCUCCCCUCAGCAGGCCAACCUGAUGCAGCAGCAACAGAUGGCAAGCAUGGUGGGUGGCAUGAACAGAGCUAUGCUUGGCCCUCAGAAAGGCAAUGGUCAGCAGCAGGCAGGUGUGCCUGCACCUCAGCAGCAAGGCAUGAUGGGAGGACAGAUAAUGAAUGGCACACCCAGAAUGGGGUAUCCCAAUCCAGGCAUGGGCAGUAAUAGUAAUCUGCUGGCUGAGACUCUACAGCAGCAAGCAGCUGGUAGCCAGGGUGGACUUGGAGUACAACAGCCUGCUGCACUGAACAAGAUGGGUAUGGUGGGAAGUGCAGGCCCCUAUGGAAGCCCCUACAGUCAAAAUGCAGGUCAGGGCCUGGGUGGUACAGGCCUGGCCCCGCAGCUCCUUAACAAGCCUGGGUUGCCCAACAGCCUGGCACAAUUCAACAUGGACAAAAAACCCCAACCCAUGCCAGGCAUGUCGGCCAUGGCCUCCCAGCAGUCACCAGCAGGGGGUGCUGGAGCCGGAGGGGCAGCUGCUAUGGUACCCAAUUCCCAAGGAGGAAUUGGCCCAGGAGCUGCAACUUCAGUAGUAACCGGGGCAGGUGUUCCUCCAACAGCCGACCCGGAGAAGCGCAAACUCAUUCAGCAGCAGCUGGUGCUCUUGCUCCACGCCCACAAGUGCCAGCGACGUGAGCAAGCGAAUGGGGAGGUGCGGCAGUGCAACCUGCCUCACUGCCGCACCAUGAAGAACGUCCUCAACCACAUGACGCACUGCCAGGCUGGCAAGUCCUGCCAGGUGGCACACUGUGCCUCGUCCAGGCAGAUCAUCUCGCACUGGAAGAACUGCACAAGGCAUGACUGCCCCGUCUGCCUGCCACUGAAGAAUGCAGGAGACAAGAGGAAUCAGCAGAGUGAGUCUCUGCUUGGCACCUCUAGUGUGGGUUUAGGUACUUCUCUGGGUUCCACACCAGGCUCACACAGCGCUCCCAAUCUCAACACCCCAGGUCAGAUAGACCCCAGCUCAAUUGAGAGAGCAUAUGCAGCUCUUGGCCUCACCUACCAGGGUAACCAGGCACCCACUCAGCCUACACAACAAACACCUCGGCCCCUUAACACCAUGGCUGGCAACCCAAUUGGUGUUAAUGGGGCUGUGGGAGUGCAGCCUCAGAACCAGCCAUCUAACCUUCUUCAGGAUGCUAUUCUGAAUCUCAACAUGAACUCUCAGAAUCUGAUGAACGACAGUAGUGGAGUGGGCAGUGUGGGUUCCGUGACUGUAGCUACUCCAGCUGCUGGUGCUGGAAUGAGGAAAAGCUGGCAUGAGGACAUCACCCAGGACCUACGCAACCACCUUGUACACAAACUUGUCCAGGCCAUCUUCCCUACCCCAGACCCAGCUGCACUGAAAGACCGGCGGAUGGAGAAUCUAGUAGCCUAUGCUCGUAAAGUAGAGGGGGACAUGUACGAAUCUGCAAACAGCAGGGCAGAGUACUACCACUUUCUGGCUGAGAAGAUCUAUAAGAUCCAGAAAGAACUAGAGGAGAAGCGACGGACACGGCUGCAGAAACAGCAGGGCAUGAUGGGAGCUCAACCUGGCAUGGCUCCCGCUGGCAUGCAGCAGGGACCACCCAAUAUGGGACAUCAAGGGCCACCCACAGGACUGCCCCCCAAUGGCCCUCUCUCAGAUCCAUCAAUCGUGCGGCCUACUGGACCAAACCAGAUGGUCAACAGGAUGCAGAAUCCCACUGGAAUGAACUCGUUUAAUCAGAUGCAGCCCAUUGGCCAGAGGUCCACUCCUCCUCUUCCACUUGGUGCACCCCUUAACCAGAUGGGUAUGGGGCUUGCACGCAUGACUCAACCAAAUGCUGCACAAAUGCAGAAUCAGUACCUACCCCCUGGCCAAUGUUCUGGUUCAGGCCCAAUGCUUGGCACUGGUCCUGUUGGUAUGGCACAGCCUGGCACUCAGGGUGGCAUAACUCAGCAGGGACCGAUGCCGACCCCACCGUCUCUGCAAGCCAGCAGUCCUUUGGGCCAGCCGGGCUCUGCUGGGCCAGUUGGCAGUGGGGCCUCAGUGGGUUCUCUAGGGCCCAACAGCAUGGUUGGGGUGCCCCCAUCAUCGACACCCUCUCAGCCCCUCAACCUUCCCCACUGCCCACCCAUGCGUCAGAGCUCUCCCUCCCCGGCACGCAGCCGCACACCGACUCCACACCUCACGCCUCCCCCGAGCCUCUCAGGCUCACAGACUCCACAGCCCCACACCCCGAGCCUGCCUCACCUAGGGAGUGGUCAGCAGCCAUUGCCUCAGCCUACUAAUUCUGACAAAGCGCUGCAGCUCCAACAGCAGCUUUUAGGAGCGGCUUCUUCAGCCACACCCAACUCCGCCCUUCCACCUCAGCAUCCACCCACUCCACUGUCUCAGAAGGGAUCUCUGCCAGUGGAAGGCCAGGCUUCCACUCCUGCUUCGGUGAGCAGCGUGGACGCAGCCUCCCAGCCGCUGCCCUCAGAUGCCACCGCUGCUCUCGAGCCCAAGAUGGAGGUCAAGCAAUCAGAGGAGGAGGAGGAAGAAGAUGAGGAGGAGGAAGAAGAUGAGGAGGAGGAAGAGGAGGAGGAGGAAGAGGAAUCAAUGAAGGGAGGAAGAAUCGGAAAGAAAGGAGAAAUAAAACCUGUGGAAAGGCCUGAGAUAAAGAAGGAAGAGGGGUGCAGUGAGGGAUGCAAAGGUAUUCCCAUGGAGACCACUGCAGCUGCAGGAGAGGACAAAAAGUCUCAGCUAAAGAUCGAACCUAAAGAGGAGGAUUCGGGGGCAGGGUCCACAGGAUCCCACAACUUGCCUUCUGGAAUGCCCAUCAAAAAGAAGAUCUUCAAGCCAGAGGAGCUGCGACAGGCUCUGAUGCCCACGCUGGAGUCUCUCUAUCGCCAGGAUCCGGAGUCUCUCCCCUUUCGCCAGCCUGUGGAUCCAUCCCUCCUGGGAAUACCUGAUUAUUUUGACAUUGUGAAGAAUCCUAUGGACUUGUCUACUAUCAAACGUAAACUUGACACAGGCCAGUAUCAGGAGCCUUGGCAAUAUGUGGAUGACAUCUGGCUCAUGUUCAAUAAUGCUUGGUUGUACAACCGCAAGACGUCACGGGUCUACAAGUACUGCUCAAAGCUGGCAGAAGUGUUUGAACAGGAGAUUGACCCCGUCAUGCAGAGUCUUGGUUAUUGCUGUGGGAGAAAGCUGGAAUUCUCCCCUCAAACUCUCUGCUGCUAUGGGAAGCAGCUAUGCACUAUACCACGAGAUGCUGCUUACUUUAGUUACCAGAACAGGUACCACUUCUGUGAGAAGUGUUUCAACGAGAUCCAGGGUGAGAGCGUGUCCUUAGGGGAUGAUCCAUCCCAGCCUCAGGCAUCCAUCAACAAGGAACAGUUUGAAAAGAAGAAGAAUGACACACUUGAUCCUGAGUUAUUUGUUGAAUGUAUGGACUGUGGACGUAAAAUGCAUCAGAUCUGUGUUCUGCACAAUGACAUUAUUUGGCCAGUGGGCUUUUCAUGUAACGGCUGUCUGAAGAAGUCAAACAAGACCCGCAAAGAAAAUAAAUAUGCUGCUAAAAGGCUACCACAGACAAAGCUGGGCAUCUUCUUAGAAAGUCGGGUUAACGAUUUCUUGAAGCGGCAGAACCACUCUGAGUCUGGUGACAUCACUAUCCGUGUUGUCCAUGUCUCUGAUAAGGUGGUGGAAGUCAAACCAGGAAUGAAGUCCAGGUUUGUGGAUAGUGGUGAGAUGGCGGAGUCUUUCCCGUAUAGAUCAAAAGCUCUCUUUGCCUUUGAGGACAUUGAUGGCAUUGAUGUGUGCUUUUUUGGCAUGCACGUGCAGGAAUAUGGCUCAGACUGCCCACCACCUAAUCAAAGACGGGUAUACAUAUCCUACUUGGACAGCGUUCACUUUUUUCAGCCACGAUGUUUGAGGACAGCAGUAUACCAUGAGAUUCUUAUUGGGUAUCUGGAGUAUGUAAAAAAACUAGGGUUUACCACAGGUCACAUUUGGGCCUGCCCUCCUAGUGAGGGAGAUGAUUACAUCUUCCACUGUCACCCUGCGGACCAGAAGAUACCCAAACCUAAACGGCUGCAGGAGUGGUAUAAGAAGAUGCUGGACAAGGCUGUUGCUGAGCGCAUUGUACAUGACUAUAAGGACAUCUUUAAGCAAGCGACAGAGGAUCGUCUCACCAGUGCGAAAGAACUGCCCUACUUUGAAGGUGACUUCUGGCCUAAUGUGCUUGAGGAGAGCAUUAAGGAGCUGGAACAGGAGGAAGAGGAGAGAAAACGGGAAGAGAAUAGCACUUCCAGUGAAAGUGUAGACGCCACAAAGGGGGACAGUAAAAAUGCCAAGAAAAAGAACAAUAAGAAAACGAGCAAGAACAAGAGCAGCCUGAGCCGAGCCAACAAAAAGAAACCAGGGAUGCCGAAUGUGUCCAACGACUUGUCUCAAAAGCUUUAUGCCACUAUGGAGAAGCACAAGGAGGUGUUCUUUGUUAUCCGGCUUAUUGCCGGGCCCAAUUCCAAUGCUGUUCCGCCCAUUAUGGACCCGGAUCCUUUAAUGGCGUGUGACCUGAUGGAUGGGAGAGAUGCUUUCCUUACUUUGGCACGGGACAAGCACCUGGAGUUUUCCUCACUCAGGCGUUCUCAAUGGAGUUCCAUGUGUAUGCUGGUAGAGCUGCAUAACCAGAGCCAAGACCGAUUUGUCUACACCUGUAACGAAUGUAAACAUCAUGUUGAGACACGGUUCCACUGCACUGUAUGCGAGGACUAUGACCUUUGCAUCACUUGCUACAACACAAAAGGUCAUGAGCACAAGAUGGAGAAGCUUGGUCUGGGCCUGGAUGACGAGAGCAACAGCCAAGCUGCGGCCUCCAUGCAGAGUCCAGGAGACUCGCGCCGCCUCAGCAUCCAGCGCUGCAUCCAGUCUCUGGUGCACGCCUGCCAGUGUCGAAACGCCAACUGCUCGCUUCCUUCCUGUCAGAAGAUGAAGCGGGUGGUCCAGCACACCAAGGGCUGCAAGCGCAAAACCAACGGUGGAUGCCCCAUCUGCAAGCAGCUGAUUGCGUUGUGCUGUUACCAUGCUAAACACUGCCAAGAGAACAAGUGUCCUGUGCCUUUCUGCCUCAACAUCAAGCAGAAACUGCGUCAGCAACAACUGCAGCACCGAGUUCAACAGGCCCAGAUGCUCCGGAGAAGAGUGGCCAGCAUGCAGAGAACGGGCCAGCAGCCCAUUGGAGGGCUGCCAUCACCCGGGAACAACAGUACCACGGGGCCGGGCACGCCCACACCAAGCACUCAGCCUCCCACCCCCCAGACACCUACUCAGCAGUGUCCACCCCCUGUAGCCCAGCCUGGUCUUGCUGGAGGGCCACAGCAGCCGCAACAGCCACAGCUGGCAGGAAUGGUCCAGCAUCAUCAGUUCCAGCAGAUGCCUGCAGGUGGCAGUAUGAUGAACUCCCCACAACAGCAGAUGGUCCAGCAGCAGCAGGUGCAGCCUCCUUCAGUGCAGCAACUUCAGCAUCCCAACAGCCUUCCUCCCUAUGUGCAGAGGCCUCCAGGCUCCUCUCCACUCUCCCAGUCGAUAGGGAAGCCAGGAAUGAGCCCAAUCAAUCAGCAGCAGCAGCCCAACCCAGGACAGAAUGCCUUCCCGCCACAGCAGCUGCCUGGCCCUCCCCCUGCAGCCCUGGAAAUGGCCUUGAAGAUCCAGCGGGUGGCUGAGACUCAGAGGCAGAUGGCAAAACAAAAGACGUUGCAGAUGAAUCCGGGACCAGGGAUGAUGCCUCCACAUGCCUUGCACCAGGGCCCGCAAACCCAAAACCAUCCUGGAGCGGGAAUGGUUGGGGCCCAGGGAAUUCCUCCGCAGGCGCCGGUGGCUGUAGCCAGGGCUCAACUGGAGCAGCAGCAGCAGGGUAUGGUUGGUGCAGGCAUGCAGCAGCAAGGAGGGCCACCUAACCAGCUGCCUCCUCAGGUGCCGUUGCCCCAGCAAGCUCCCCAGGGCGGGGCUCCACUUCAUGGCCCACAGUGGGGAGCCCCGGGCAUUUCCCCUCAGCAGCGAGCAGGCAUGAUGAACCAGAUGGGGCAUCCAGGAAUGGUGCCAGCGCAACAAGCACAGCAGGUAGCACAGCAGCAGCAAGUCCCACAACAGCAACAGCAAGGUCAUCCUGGUGUCAUGGGCAUGAUGGGUGGCCCAGGCGGGGCUGCAGGGGCGGGCCCUGGUGGCCUCCCUCAGAGUACCUUGCAAGACCUGCUGAGGACUCUACGCUCCCCCAGCUCCCCUCUCCAACAGCAGCAGGUCCUGAACAUACUGCGCUCGAAUCCUCAGCUCAUGGCAACCUUCAUCAAGCAGCGUGCACCCAGAUAUAUGGGCAGAGGCGGGCCUGGAGCUGGAGGUGCGGGCCCCGUAGUCAUGGAUGGACAGCAGGUGAAUGUAAAUGCUGGGGCUCCUCAACCAGGUAUGCAUCUGGGUCAAGGGACAGGCAUGGCCCCUAUGAACCCCCUUCAACAGCAACAACAGCUUCAACAACAGCGAUCCAUGAUGGGUGUUAACAUGCAGCAGCAGCAGCAAGGUAUCAUGCCAGGUCAGGGCACCAACAUGGCCAACAUCUCUCCUCAAUUCAGAGAACUGAUGAGGAAGCAUCUGCAGCAGCAGCAGCAGCAGCAGCAGCAACAGCAGCAGAUGGGAAACCAUAGUCAGUUUCAGCAUCCACAGACACAGCAGCAGGGUUAUCAUGGCCAGCCUGGCCUGCCACCGCAACAGCCUGGUCAGCCUCAAACUGGUGGACUCCAGCAGGGGGGAGCCCAGCCUGGGAUGCAGCAGAGCUACUCGAGCACCAUGUCUCAUCAGCAAGUGGCUGCAGCUUUGCAACAGAGGCUGCAGCAGCACCUUCAGAUGCAGCAGCAGCAGCAGCAGCAGCAGCAGCAGCAGCAAAAUGCUAUGGGUGGACUCCAAGGGGCUGAUGGCAGUCCUGGAGGUGGUGGCUCGCUCCAGCCCCCUCCAGCUGGUUCCCAGCCACAGCCUUCCCAGGCCAUGCUCCAGCAAGCACUACACCAAAGGCUCCUCCAGCAGCAGCAGCAGCACCUGGGUAGUAGCUCUCCUGCCCAACACAACAAUCCAAUAAGCCCUCAGCAGCAGAUGUCCCAGUCUCCCCAUUUGCAGGGCCAGCAGUUGCCCACUUCCCUGAGCAACCAGGUGCGGUCACCACAGCCAUCGCCCAGGCCACAAUCUCAGCCACCCAACUCCAGUCCAUCUCCUCGCCUGCAGCCCCAACCUUCACCCCACCGCAUUUCUCCCCAGACCCAAACAGGGUCCCCUCUCCCUAGCCACCUUCCCCAGCACCACACUGGUAUGGUGGCUCCUCCACCGCCACAACCACCACAGCAAGCAUCUCAGCAGCAGUCUAACUCUUUGGACCAAGCACAGUUUGGGUCAGAUCAGAACACCAUGCUUUCACAGCUUGGUGGAAUGGUGGCUCUGCAUGGGCAAGGGACUACUGAGAUGCUGGCUGGUAACAACCAAGACAUGGGGACAAAUAUUAAUCACUCAUUAGAUCUGAUACAGCGUUAAGUCCUCAACUGCCCUGUUUCCCAGGAAUGGGUUGCAGUUUUAGAAUUUACCAUUGCUGUCAUUAUUAGUGUUAUUAUUUAAUAUUUUUGAAGUAAAUGAAAAGAAUACACCUUCCUAUGGGAGAUACUACAUUAAAUGCGCAAAUGAAUAAAUUAAAUAAAUGGUAAGUUAUUACUGUUAAUAUAUACAUAUAUAUUUUUUAGCCAAUUGUGUUCAAAGGGUUUUGGGUGAAAAGGAUGGGAAAAUUCGCCUUGGUAUAUGAUGAGUAAUAUUUUUGGGGAUGUCCGCCUUUUUUUUAUAGAUAUUUUUUUAAGGUUUUAAAAGCGUAAAAUUAAAGAAUACCAUAAACAAUAAAUCUUCUUUUUCCUUCAUAUACCAUCAAGAUUGUACCCUUUUGGAAGUGUUAAAUUCUGACUAGUAACUGCUGGUGGUGGUGAACCUUUUUAUUUAUUACCAUCACUCUCUUGGUCAGCUUCAGUCCCCAGAGUGUUCACGUGUUCCUUUCAGACAGCUAAUAGCAUAUUAUUUGAAACGGCUACAGUUCACAAAGAAUAUAUUUUUGUUAACCAGGCAGAAAAAAAUAUUUUUUUUGUAUAGUUUUGUGAGGGGGGGGGAGGUGGGCUUUAAGUGUUAAGGGUUUUGACUGUUUUCUGAUGGCAGGUGCAUGGGAUACGACUGUCCUAUGUUUCUCAGUUGUCCUGUAAACUCUGAAUGUGUACCCCAUUCUCUCCUGUCUUUUUCCAUUGGAACUGUAAUAGAACUGCUGACACUACAUGUGUGUUAUGAUCACAGGACAGAGUGCAGUGAUUUCUACCAAGAAGCGGUAGCUGACUAAGUGAUGAGGGAAUGUGGAUUUCUCACAACAACUUUUAAUGCCCUUUUGCUAUCUUACCAACUCUGCCCUCCAAUAUCACCUCUGUCCAAGAAGGAACUAUUCUCCUAUGGCUUUUCAAUGCUCAGACCGUAGGGAUCUAAAAAUUUUUUCCUACUGUAUAAAGAUAACUUGAAUCUUUUUUUGGGGGGGGGGGGGUUGCGCUAAUACAAUGUACAUGGAUAUAGGCAGGCAGACACAGAAUUUCCUAUUGCUGUUUCCUGUUGAUUUAAGCUCUUAGGAGUUGUAGACCUUUAGGGCAGCUUAGAGCAACCAAGCUCACUCUAAGAAGUUUUACCGUGAGGUUGUUUUAAAUUGGGUGUUGGUCAGACCAGUACUAUUGCAACUUUUUGUGUGUGAACCAAAUUUGAGAUCUUCACGUGAAGGUGAUUGGUGUAUACAAACAGGGCAGUUCUUGCUCUCUUUGUCUCCAUGUUGCACACAAACAUGAUUUGGAGGGCGCAUGCUGUGCAUUUCAGAUAAGAAAUUUGAGGGCAGUUUGACAAUGGAAAAGAAACAGCAACCCUAUCCAAUUCCCCUCCCUCUCAGUGCUGACAGAAAGGGGUGCGGGAAGACCACAUGAAAUAACACAGUGG